GUCAGAUUCUGGUUGACAGAUGCUGAAUGAGUAGGGCCUAGCUAGGGCUAGAUUAGAGAAGUGAUAAUGCAGAAUAAGCCAGGCUCAGCUGGUAGACGUGUUCUCCCACCUAUCUGCAGCGAUGCGGACAAGAAAUUCCUUCUUCAUCUUGAUGGCUUCAUUCAGUGUGAGUUGAAAAGACUGGAUUGUCCCAAUUCUGGACCUAAUGAGAUUCGUUACCAUAUCUACAAACAGGCAUUUGAUCAGCUUAUUGAUUAUGUUUCUGCCUACCGACCUUUACUGACAAUGGUUAAAGUGGAAUAUGAAGACUGCAUCAAUGCCGUGAAACAGGGGCAGAUGGAUGCAUUUUAUUUGAGAGGAAAGGUGACGUCUAUGGCAGCUGAAAAAACCACAGUGAGCAACUAUCGGAGAAGAGCAGUUGAACUAGAAGACAAAAUAUCAAUAAUAAAGGCAGACAAUGAACGCCUACAGAAGGAGUUGAAUGACAUAAUAAUGGAGAGAAGGAAGAGACAAGACAUGCUGCAGAUACUGAAUGAGAAGAAAGUUUCAAAAAAGAUCACCAAAGUUAAUCCCAACUUGCCCAUUCCAGGUUUAUCAAUUGAGGAAUCCACCGACUUGGGUGUCCUGAAAAAGACAAUGCAGGAGCUAGAACUGCGAAUGAAAAACCUGAUCAUUAGCAAGAACACACGCUACAUGCCACGCGAGUUCAAAGAAGACCUGAAGCAGCAGCUGAGCAGCAAGAUCCAGGCCAUGGACAGGGUGUCAGAAGUAAAUGAGCAACUGAAGGCUAGGUGUUGGAAGCUGAGACUAGCUCUUGAUGCUCUCAAGACUCACUACCGGGAAGGAGACUGGAGUCAGCCUGCUUUUGAGAUUAUUGCCACAGCCUUUGCAAGAUCUACGUCCAAGAUGAGCCUAACAAGCCAAGAAACUGUAACAUCGUUUGAUGAUGACGAUCCCACCAAGGAAAAAGAGGCUGAAUUACUUCUGGACUACAUUGAACAUUAUAAUGCUUUGUUUGAAGAUAAGAAGUAUGUACAGGCAGCAAUGCAUGCAGCCAACAGCCCGAAAGGUAUCCUGAGAAACACAGAGACAAUGGAGCGUUUCAAAGCUUUGAAGGUGAAGCCAGGGGAGAAGUCACCCUUAUUGUCAUAUUGUGAAGUUUUGAUAGACUCUGUUCCAGCAGUUGGAGUGGUUCCAGAUGCCUCUACAUCAUUAGAAUGUGUGAAGUGUGCACUGAAGGAGGAGAGGCUAGAUCUGAUCUAUCACUGGCUUGCCCAGGAAAGAUUAACAUGUACCGACGUAUUGGGAAAUGCACUAUACAACUAUGCUGAAGGAAAGAAAGAGGAUGUGAUUAGGACAGUCAUGGGCCUUGCUCAGAAGACAUACGCACGUGUAAAUGCUCAUGUGCAGGCUUGCGUGUGCAUGUGUCGGCAGAACAGGAUCCUUGCGAUGGUUGAGUACGCAGGUAGUAACAGGUUUACUAAAGAUGCCUAUCUAGCUGUUCUAACAGCUUGCCCAAGCCAGCGCUUAGCUGAAGAGAUGGUGAAAUUAAAAGGACCCGAGGGUGAGAUUCUCCUGUCCUUUGGAGUAGUGGUCCAGACACUGCUUGCCACAGAGUCUUUUGAGGUUGGCUUAGAACUGAUAGAAAACAUUGCUUUGGGCAAAAUAGAAGAUACUGUGAGUUUGAAAGAAGCAGUGUACCUUGACCAGGAAACCAGCCCAGAAGAGUGGCUUGAGAUCAUCGAAAGUUGUCAAGAUUAUGGUCUUUAUGACACUGCAUUAGAGCUGUUGGCAGCUGUCACGGUGAAGCUAGCCAUCUACAAAGCUGUUAACAAACACAUGGACAUGAAUACUAAAGACAGAGAGCAGGAGUAUUAAUAUCUGAACCAUUGAAAUCUUACAAAGCAUUAAUUAUGAUGCUGGUGAGAGCUGCCUUCCAAGUUUUAAGAGAUUCCUCUUUAGUGUGGUUCAUUUGUGCUGUCAUCUACAAAGCUAUUAACAAACAUAUUGACAUGAAAACUAAAGAGAGAGCAGAAAUAUAUUUAUCUGCUGUGUAAAAUACUAAUCUACCAAAGCAUGAUGCUGGAGAGUGCUUCCUUCCUGGUUUUUAAUUACUCCUCUCAGUGUGAUUCAUUGGUGCUGUCAUCUACAAAGCUGUUAACAAAUACAUGUACAUUGAUAUAAAAACCAGCAUUGCUAUUAAUAAUUACUAUUAGUAUUUGCUGUGCAAGAGUAAAAUCUCCCAAUAUUAGAUAAUGCAGGUGAAAGCUUCCUUCCAGGCUUCUCUGGGGUGGUCUACAUCAGGCAGUCUGGGAUAGUGGAUCCAUCUACUCUGGGCAAUUGUCUGCCUUUUUAUCUAUCAGGGGUAGUUGGAAAGUGCCUUCAACUCCCCACAGGGUAAUAUCUCCAUCUUUCCGAGUGCUUUUAUCCAUCAAGGGCAGUGUGUAGUGCCUUGAAUAUAUAGGUUUUUAAAUAUUAGUUUUACAUUACAACAAAGCACAUAGAGAGAUCAAAUUAAUAACCAAAUCCGUCCAUUGUUAAAUCGAUCCUUGCCUGUUUUCAAGUGUAUAAAGAAUGUUAUGUACAAGUUGGUAAGUGUAUAAGUAAAUAGUAACAGUACAUGACUGAAAGUAUAUACAAUUGACUCUGGGAUUUUUUUUAUUCAAAUAUCAGCGUAAAUACUGUAUUUUAACAUUUACCCUUUUGUUAUCUAUCUAUGAACAUUAUUUCCAUCAGAAUCAACAGUUGUCAAAAAUGUAUUAACUACGUACAAAGCAUGCAUUUUGCUGUUAUCCCUUUAACAUAAAAAUUAUUUACAAUCUAGAAAUUGUAGGCUGCAAACGUCAGUCUGAAAAUAAAAAUAUAAUGGGAUAUAAUUGUGAAGAAAAAUUUAUUUUAAGUCCAUUAAAUAGGAGACUUAAUCAAAAUAAUU